GGUAUAUCGGGCUUACCUUUUUAUCAGCUUGCUUCUAGAUAAUGACUGGACGCACGCGAAAUUAUUUUAAAUAAGUCCUGGAAACAGAACAUUUCGAGAAGUUUUGACCAGCAGCCCUAAGAGGCGGCAAUUGGUAACCAAUGAAAAGUCGAGAAAUGGCUUUGUAAUGGGCCGGGCUAAAAAUAGAAUCUUUAUGAAGCACGUGCGAAUCAGAUGGCGGUCCUUUUUUUUUUUUUCUCUUGUCCACCUUUUUUUUAUGUUGACAAGUCGGACAGCAAGGAGAGGCCAAGACAGAAGACUAAAAUCCAACCCCUUUACCGCGUAUUACUUUACCGCUUUACGUAAAGAUGUCUUACGCAUGUUUCUUCUGGCAUUCCCAGAUCUAAUCGCUUGGCGUCAUUCCGAAGAGACGAGAGAGUUUCCGAGGAGGCUUCCGUGUUGUCUAAGCCCCCCCUUCCAUGCAUCCUUCUCGAAGGACUCGAAGGGCUGGACAUUGUAUGUACGUGUCAUUGGUACUUUGAAAUCACUAGCUACUGUAUGUCCUUAGCGCGUUCCCUUGGUUGGAGAAUUUUACGGAUGCUUCGUAUCCCUAUCUAGGACUUCUCUUUUCCCGCGUGCACGAUUCGAU